AUGAAGCUACUCCUGCUCCUGGUGGCCUUUCUCCUACCCUCCAAAGCUGGGGCAGGGGAGAUCAUCGGAGGCAGAGAGGCCAGGCCCCAUUCCCACCCCUACAUGGCAUUUCUUCUAAUACAAACUUCAGAUGGACAGGGCGCUUGUGGGGGGUUCCUGGUGCGAGAAGAUUUUGUGAUGACAGCAGCUCACUGCUGGGGAAGCACUAUAAAUGUCAUCUUGGGGGCCCACAACAUCAGGAUGCAGGAAAGGACCCAACAACGCAUAUCUGUGCGCAGAGCUAUCCGCCACCCUGGAUAUAGCGAGCAGAACCUCCUGAAUGACAUCAUGUUACUGCAGCUGGAAAACAGAGCCAGACGGAAUCAGUUUGUGAGGCCAGUGGCUCUGCCUCAGUCCCAGGCCAAUCUGCGUCCUGGGGCCUUGUGCACUGUGGCUGGCUGGGGCCGGGUCAGCCAGACCAGGAGAACAGACACACUUCAAGAUGUGCAGCUGAGAGUGCAGAGGGAUCAGGAGUGCAGCAAUAUCUUUCGUGUCUACAAUGGCCAAACGGAAAUUUGUGUAGGCAACCCGAGGGAGAUGAAGACUACCUUCCUG